GAAGAAGAAGAAGAAGUAGCAGAAAACAAAGAUGGCGGAAGCGACGCCGAGUGUUGACAAGAUGAUGGCAGGCGACCAAGCGGGCGACCAGGCGGACGCGACUGCGGGAGAGCAGGCUGCUGGUGGGAAGAAAGCAGUUUGUUUGAUCGUCCUCGGCAUGGCUGGAUCCGGAAAGACCACCUUUGUUCAGAGGUUGACGGCGCAUCUGUAUUCUCUCAAAUGUCCGCCAUACCUCAUCAACCUGGAUCCUGCCGUCCACGAGGUCCCCUUCCCUCCAAACAUCGACAUCCGAGACACGGUGAACUACAAAGAGGUGAUGAAGCAGUACGGCCUGGGACCCAACGGCGGCAUCGUGACCUCUCUCAACCUGUUUGCUACUCGCUUUGAUCAGGUGAUGCACUUCAUAGAGAAGAAGCAGCACAAUCACAGGUACGUGCUUAUCGACACUCCGGGUCAGAUCGAAGUCUUCACCUGGUCCGCCUCCGGAACCAUCAUCACGGAAGCUCUGGCCUCGUCCUUCCCCUGCGUGGUGAUCUACGUCAUGGACACGUCACGGAGCGUCAAUCCCGUCACCUUCAUGUCCAACAUGUUGUACGCCUGCAGUAUUCUCUACAAGACCAAGCUCCCUUUCAUUGUCGCCAUGAACAAAACGGACAUCAUCGACCACAGCUUCGCCGUGGAGUGGAUGCAGGACUUUGAGGCUUUCCAGGACGCUCUGAACCAGGAAACCUCGUACGUGAGCAACCUGACCCGCUCCAUGAGUCUGGUCCUGGAUGAGUUCUACUCCAAUCUGCGGGUAGUGGGCGUGUCCUCGGUGACAGGAAACGGAUUGGACGACCUCCUCGUUAAGGUGCAGGACGCAGCGGAUGAGUACGACAGGGAUUAUCGACCAGAAUAUGAAAGACUGCGCCAACAGCUGCUGGACGCUCAGAGUAAAAAGCAGCAAGAGCAGCUGGAGAGACUCCGGAAGGAUCUCGGCGAAGUCAACAUGGCCACGUCUGUUUCAGAAAAAGUGGACGUGGCCGGACCCAGCGACCUCAUCAUGACCCGCGGCACCCCCGACUCCGAGGACGAAGACGACGUUGACAGCGACACGGACGACAUCGACCACAGCAAAAUGGAGGAGAGCAAAGAGAAAGACUCCUUCGGAAGCUUCCUGCAGGAGAGGAGGGAGGUGAUUCAGGUCCGAAAUCGAAAGUGCGGAUUGCCGGAAAGUUAAAAACAAAAACAGGCUCUUAUUUCUUCACCUCUUCAUGGACAAGCUGGGGACUUUUGUGAAGUGAAAUGCAGCCUGCAAUUAAAAAAAUAAUAAUAAUGUCUGUCUAUCUGUAUUGGCCCUGCGACGAGGUGGCGACUUGUCCAGGGUGUACACCGCCUUCUGCCCGAAUGCAGCUGGGAUAGGCUUCAGCCACCCCGAGAGGGACAAGUUGUAGAAAAUGGAUGGAUUGAUGGAUGUUUUUUUAAUGUUUUAUGGGGGCGCAGUCAUCUUUUUUUGUCAUGUUUUCUUUACUUAGUCAAAAUAAAAGUUAUGUUUGGUUUGCUUUUUAAUAUA